AUCUCUCCCAACCAGAAAUGGCAAUGGGAAGGGUAGAGGGACCAAUUGUUGAUCAUCCCCAUGGUUAAUCGAUCUUUAUUCUUGAUUGCCGGACACCCGGCCUGUUCUAAUCUAAAACUCUUUCUCAUUUCCUGCGAUGAUUGUCUGAGGAAGGGGAAAGAGUUUCCAUUUCUAGUAGAUCGAGGAGGUAGAAGAAGAGCACAAGAAUUAAAAGGGAUCGAGCGAGCAGGAGGAGGGGAACGGAUCAGAUGGGGGUGCAAAGGGCUGCUGCUGCAAGCAAUGCCUAUUCAUGGUGGUAUGCCAGCCAUAUUAGGACCAAACAGUCCAAGUGGCUUGAUCAUAGUCUUCAUGAUAUGGAGGAGAAGGUGCAAUGCAUGCUGAAAAUGAUAGAACAAGAAGGAGAUUCAUUUGCCAAGAGAGCAGAAAUGUAUUACAAAAGAAGACCAGAACUCAUAAGCUCUGUUGAAGAAGCUUACCGCGCCUUCCGUGCUUUAGCUGAAAGGUAUGAUAAGCUGUCCAAAGACUUGCAUACUGCCAAUCACACCAUCGCUACUGUCUUCCCCGAACAAAUCCAGUUGGUGAUGGAAGAAGACGAAGACGACUUCUGUUCCCCGAAACUUUCCAAAAAUCCACAAGAUUCUCCCAGAUUCCCCAAAGUAUUUGCGGGUUUCCAAACAGACUCCAAGAAUCUCCAAGAAUCUGACAGCCCAAAGUUCGCAAAGGCUCCAAAGAAGCCAUUUCAAAUCAAGAAUCUACCCAAUAAUGCCCGAGAAGCCGAAACCAAAGACAAAUCCCUUGAAGAGAUUGAAAAUCUCCAGAAUGAGAUAAGUUCACUCGAAGCCGUAAAAGAGGUUGUGAGGAAUUCAUACGAACACGGGAUUUCAAAAUAUCAGGAGAUUGAGAAACAAAUAAUGGAAAUGCAGGAGAAACUUUCGCAUCUGCAAAAGGAAUAUGUGGUGACAAUGGAUAUCGAGAAUGAUAAGGCCGGGAACCUAAUAACAGAUACAACACUAAGAUCAUGCCAAGAGAGCUUGGCUCAGUUGCAGGAGAAGCAAGAUAAAUGCUGUAAAGAUUCUAAAGAGGAGACCCAAAAGAUUGAAGAAGCAGACAAGAAACUGAAAUUCCUCAAAUCUGAGUCACUUCAUGAUAAUAAUGGCCAAAUCAUGAAAUCUGAAGAUGUUGACUCCAAGGAAAUUCAAACAGUUUCUGAACAAACAACAAAGAUUGAUGAGCUUGUGAACAAAGUACUUAAUCUGGAGAUCACAAUGGCUUCCCAGAUUGCCUUAAUCGAAAGAACAAAAAGUGAAUCCAAUGAUCUCCAUGUCAAAAUAAGAAUCUUGGAAGAUGAAAAGGCAAAUCUCACUACCGAUAAACAAAAUCUGUACGUCAGAGUUGAAGAACUGGAAGAACAAUUGGGGAAGCUUCAGAAUCUACACAGAGAAGUUGAGAAACAAAAUAGAAGUCUUCAAGCUCAACUGGCAGAAGCCCAUUCCUGUUAUGAUCAGUUGUGUGAGAAAUUGAAACCAGAUAACCAAACAGUAAAACAUGUAACAUUUGCAGAUGAAAAAGAAUUUAACGGUUCAACACAAGAAAUACCAGACACAGAAGCACACUUGGAGAAAGAUGAGAAAUUUAACUGGCAGAAGAUGUUGUUGAAUGGAGUGGAGGACAGAGAACAAGUUUUACUUAAAGAGUAUAUCGCAAUUCUCAGAAGCUACAAAGAUUUAAAGAAGAAAUAUGACGAUAGGGUUGGGGAGUUUGAAAUUGCAUUGCAGAUGAAUGAUCUGAGAGGUGCGAUUGCAAAAAGAGAUGCAGAGAUACGUUAUUUACAUCAAAAAUUAAAUCUUUUAACAGAUGAAAAGAAGAUAGCUGAACCUGGAUAUGUUGUUAAAAAGGUCCGAAAAUCAAAGAGCAGAACUGGAAUUCCUUUAAGGGAAAUAAUAUUUGGAACCAAACCAAAGAAACACAGGACUUCUGUCUUUUCUUGCAUCCAAAACCAGAAAUAAGAGGCCUUGAAAGCCGGGAGUUCUUCCUAAAUCUUCUGUUUUUGUUGUCCUUUCCUUCUUCUUGCUGAAACUUAAACUUUCUCCACUAACCAAUAUAGUACUCUUCCAUUCUCAAGGGAAAGAGCAGUUAUGCUCUAAUUACA